CUUUGCCGAAGUCAGCGGCAUUGGAGACUAAAUACCUAGUCGGUUUAAAUUCAUAAAAGCAAGUCAAAAACAUCACACGCUGCGGCUUUUGUUGUUGUAUUACUGCCCGGAAAAUACGUACAGGUUAACGGCGAUCCUCAAUUGGCCUAACAAUUUCCCGAUGAACGUAACCAAUAAGAAGGCAAACUCGAUCUAUCGGGUUUAUAUCAAGCGCUGCAGCUGAUCGCGGAGUAUAAUCUCGAAGCAAUCGAUAAAAGAAUCGCCAGGGCCUCAGGCGUAUUCUCCGCCUUGGUAGUUAGAGGAUCAUCACUGGAUAAAAUAACAUUAAACUUGGAUAAACAAACAGACAAACAAAGUAAACAAACAAACAAGGCGAACGAACAAACACCUCUAGCUACUUAAAACUUACGGCAAUCAACGGAAUCACAAAUACAAGUUUGAUUGACACGACGUAUAUAUCUGAUACAUACUCAGACCAAACAUGCGAUUGCGAUUGUAUUAAUAAUUGAAGAUGAGACUGGCGACAGUUUGAAACAAUAGAUGGUUUCGAGGCUAUGAUUCAUGUAUAUCUACAUUGGUAAUUAUUAAUAUCAACCUAGCUAUUAAUAUAUACUACAAUCAGUUUGUGUUUCGUGAACACAGGUGACUUGAUAAGACACGAGAAGUGGCAUCUCUGCGAGCUGAAUCGAAAGCUCUCCCGAGUUAUGUCGACAUUGAAAAGAACAAGAUCGCACUGUCUCGUACAUAUGGAGAAUAUUUAAGAACAUACACCAAUGGUGACUUAGAACUCUCGUGAGAAAAUCGUAGAUAGUGAAACAUACAAUUUAGAAUGGAUUACAAGAAAUAUAUGUACAUCGUUUGGAUUCUUAUAGGACUACUGGAGUAUGUUUCGACAUAUACAGGUCGAACUGCAAUGUAUCAUUUAGCAACACCUAACAAGCCAUGUCAGCUCCCAGUAAACAAAGAUGCAAAUACGGACUUAAUUUGCCGUUACCAAGAGUUUUCCACCGGGACGACCUGCCUAUAUCAAAGUAUAAGGUGGAUUAAGGACGGUUGGGAUGGAACGUUUAAUAUCACGGAUAGCCGGAAAUACGGCACGUGGCAGAAUAUACCCGGUUGGGGUCUUAGAGCGGGGGAACACAUUUCGAUCCUAAGAGUACGAGACAUAAAGGUUCAAGAUGCAGGUAGCUAUAUCUGUGAGAUAACCUGCCGUAUGGGAAGCGGCCAGACACGAACUGUCCGCCAUACCGCAGAAAUAUGUGUCAAUAAACCUGAUUCAGAUACACUCCACUGUAUGCCAAAAGAAACAGCGAGUUUCUGCCGAGAGUCUUUCAAAGACGAUAUCUGCAACUUAGAAUGCGACAGCGAGAACGGACUCUACGACGGGUUCGACUGUGUGGAUAUUGCAGUCCCUUGUAAAUUCGAAGACUACUGUAAACAGCAUUUUGGCGACGGCACUUGCGACAAUAACUGCGACAACAGCGCAUGCGCGUGGGAUGGCGGCGAUUGCGGCCGAGGGCGCCGAUCUAUCGCCGAUGGUGCCUUAGCGAUUGUAUUCUAUCAGAGACCAAAAACAAUCAAAAGACAUAUUAAAAAAUAUAUGCGUUUGAUCUCGCAAUCACUCAGGACAGUGCUACGAGUGAUAUUAAACAGUAAGGGGGAACAGGAGAUAUACCCGUGGAGGGUUGACAAUGUUCUAAGGAAUGUAUCAAUGUAUUAUGAAGAUCCCGAUGAGUAUACAAGAGAAUCACGAGGAUCCGUAGUUUAUCUUCAAAUAGACAAUAGUAAUUGCAAAAGGAGGUGCUUUCGAGAUGUCCAUACGGCGUCGCAGUUCAUAGCGUCCCUCAUCAAUCAGGGGUGGGAUCCAGGUAUUCCCUGGCACUCGGUAGGAGCUUUGACGAGAAUUGAUGAACAAAGAUGCCCUAACGAAAAUAAUACAGUUUUAAAUAUGGACCUACAAAAUGAGGGCUCGCCAAGUCAAAAUACAAACUCUAAUAAUAACGAUGACGGAGAAGUCAUGGUUGAAACUUGGGUGCUAAUUGCCGCCAUAGGAGGUGGUGCCCUCUUUUUAAUUCUCGUACUUGUUCUUAUAUUUACAAUUUAUAAACUUUCCAAUGAUAAACAAAAACGACGAACAAAACGUGAUGAAAUGUAUAACAUAAAAGACAGAAAAUAUAAAGAAGGAACGCAUGUGUAGCGAACACAGAUCUACCGUUCGAUUUUAGCUACGCUACAACGUUAAAAACGAGGCUAAACGGAAGUCAUUUUUAGAACCCGUAUGUAGAUACAUCUACAGCUUUCUGAUUGUAAAUUUUGUACAGUUUUGUCGUUACAAGCUUAUAUAAUUAAUAUAUUAUGUAUAUAUAAUGUUGUUAUUUCUAUAACUGAUCUGAUUUCUAUGGAUGCUUUUUAACAAUUUGCCAAGAUUUUGUAAAUGUUUGAAUAAUACAUUAUUGUGAAACAAUUAGAUAGAACAAUAAUAUAAUAUUUCAUUGACGUUUUUGAAAUUAUCGAAGUCUACAAAAACAAAAAGUAAAUUUAAAUAGUCAUUAAUAAUUGAGAGGUGAAUGGCAAAUUUGUAAUUGUGAUAUAUUUUAUUGUACGUUUAUUAGUUUGUCGUACAUCUGUGUGACUUGAGUUUCGAUACUCAAGAAAUAAUGGUUUCCAUUACUCAUCGGAAUAGCACAUUCGACUCCUCGGGUGAGGUUGGAGCAACUGAAGCCUUUUGAAUUAAGAUGUCGGAAUACGAUCACUGUAUCAUCUCUUGUCAUGUUCGAGGUUUAGGGUGUAACACCUCAAUUUAAAAGCCUAGUUAAGAACUCGUAUUCCCGGCAGUAUAUGUUAUAUCUUGGAUCGUGGUCGAGACAUGCUCCUUCCACCAUUCUCUCUAAUGCCUGGGUCACAUU